AACUGGGUCCCAGCGCCGCUGUGGCUGCGGCUGUCUCAGCCACGGCUCCCGCCUGCCCAUCCCCCUUCUUAGGGCUCCUUCCCGCCCGCCGCCGCCGAGAUCCAAGCUGAGGCUGGCGAGGACGGUGGAGCCUGGCCCGGGCUGAUCCCCUGUCCCCGCGGCUGGAGCAUCGUCUGGGAGGACUGGCUGAAGGCGAGCUCUGCAGCCCAGGCGCGCGGCACACACGCGCGCCCCCAGCCACCGCCGUCCUCUCUUCCCUCCCCUCCCCUCCCUCCCCUCUCCUCCGCCCCCAGUCUCCGCUGCGGCGGGAGGAAGAACCCUUUCCGACCAGCCAGGAGAGCCCAGAUCGAUUCCCAUUCGGGGAGAAAGAAGAGACCCCCGCACUCGGAUCCGACCAACCACUCGCCCCGGGGCCACGGAAGUGGCUCGCUGGUCACAGGAGAGCCCGCGCCGAGCGUAGCCCCCCGACCCUCGCCCAACCGCAGCCGCACAGACAGCGCUCCCCAGCGGGCCCCCGGCCCCGCCGAGCCCACUCCCGGACCGGGGCCGGGCCGGAGAUGCCUGGCACGGCAGCGGCGGUGGCCGCGGCUGCUGCUGCUACUGCCACCGUUGCCACGGCUGCUGGCCCGGGCCCGGGCCGGGGGCUCGAGUCUCCGCAGUGGGGCUGAUCCCGCAGCCCCGCCCCCCGAGCCUGAGGCCGCUGCUCCGCCGGGCGCCCGGCCUCCUCCGCCCGCGCCUCCGCCCCAGGAGCUGGAGCCAAGCGGGGAGCCCGGGCCCCGCGCCCAGGCCCGGACCAUGCAUGGCCACCGAGCCCUGGGGGGCGCCGGGCCUUCGGAGCCCGAACACCCGGCCGCGAACCCCCCCGGCUCCGGUCCACCGGCCUGUGCCGACUCGGACCCUGGAGCCUCGGAGCCUGGACUGCCGGUGCGCAGGGGCUCAGGCUCAGCUCUCGGCGGCUGCCUGGAUCCCCAGUUUUCCGGACCCUCAGACGCCAGCCUGGGCGCUGCUCCAGGCCCCCGGGUCUUGCCCUGCGGCCCCAGUCCACAGCACCAUCGGGCCCUGCGCUUCUCCUACCACCUGGAGGGAUCGCAGCCUCGGCCUGGGCUGCACCAGGGAAGCCGCAUCCUGGUUAAAAGUUUAUCCCUUGACCCCGGCCAGAGCCUUGAGCCUCAUCCAGAAGGUCCCCAACGGCUUCGCUCAGACCCAGGCCCCCCCACCGAAACCCCCAGCCAGCGUCCUUCGCCACUGAAGCGGGUACCGGGCCCAAAGCCACAGGUCCCCCCAAAGCCCAGCUACCUGCAGAUGCCCCGGAUGCCGCCCCCACCUGAGCCUAUCCCCCCUCCGCCAUCACGCCCACUACCUGCAGACCCCCGAGUGGCCAAGGGCCUGGCCCCCAGGGUAGAAGCCAGCCCGAGUUCUGCAGCAGUAUCCUCACUGAUUGAGAAGUUUGAAAGAGAGCCUGUGAUUGUCGCCUCGGAUAGGCCAGCCCCUGGCCCCAGCCCAGGUCCCCCAGAGCCAGCCAUGUUGCCACAGCCACCCCCGCAGCCACCAGUGCCCCAGCUCCCUGAGGGUGAGGCCUCCCGCUGCCUGUUCCUGCUGGCUCCUGGGCCCCGGGACGGCGAGAAGGUACCCAACCGGGACAGCGGCAUUGACAGCAUCAGCUCGCCAUCCAACAGUGAGGAGACCUGCUUCGUCAGUGAUGACGGGCCCCCCAGCCACAGCCUCUGCCCUGGGCCCCCUGCCCUGGCCAAUGUUCCUGUUGCCUUGGCCGACCCCCACCGGCCUGGUUCCCAGGAGGUUGACAGUGACCUGGAGGAGGAGGACGACGAGGAGGAGGAUGAGGAGAAGGACAGAGAAAUCCCAGUGCCCCCGCUGGAGAGACAGGAGUCUGUGGAGUUGACUGUGCAGCAGAAGGUGUUUCACAUUGCCAAUGAGCUCCUGCAAACUGAGAAGGCCUAUGUUUCCAGGCUCCAUCUCCUGGAUCAGGUGUUCUGUGCCCGGCUGCUGGAAGAGGCUCGGAACCGCAGUUCCUUCCCCGCCGACGUUGUCCAUGGCAUCUUCUCUAACAUCUGCUCCAUCUAUUGCUUCCACCAGCAGUUCCUGCUGCCUGAGCUAGAGAAGCGCAUGGAGGAAUGGGACCGCUACCCACGCAUUGGGGACAUCCUGCAGAAGCUGGCGCCUUUCCUCAAGAUGUAUGGCGAGUAUGUGAAGAACUUUGACCGGGCUGUGGAGCUGGUCAACACCUGGACAGAGCGCUCCACCCAGUUUAAAGUCAUCAUCCAUGAGGUGCAGAAGGAGGAAGCCUGUGGCAACCUGACAUUGCAGCACCACAUGCUGGAGCCUGUGCAGCGCAUCCCCCGCUAUGAGCUGCUUCUCAAGGACUAUCUGUUAAAGCUGCCCCAUGGCUCCCCGGACAGCAAGGAUGCCCAAAAGUCCCUGGAGCUGAUAGCCACAGCAGCAGAGCACUCUAAUGCUGCCAUCCGCAAAAUGGAGCGAAUGCACAAGCUGCUGAAGGUAUAUGAGCUGCUAGGGGGUGAGGAGGACAUUGUCAGCCCCACCAAAGAGCUCAUAAAAGAAGGCCACAUCCUUAAGCUGUCAGCAAAGAAUGGGACCACUCAAGACCGAUACCUCAUACUAUUCAACGACCGCCUCCUUUACUGCGUGCCCAGGCUGCGGCUCCUUGGCCAGAAGUUUAGCGUGCGGGCACGCAUUGAUGUAGAUGGCAUGGAGCUAAAGGAAAGCUCCAACCUCAAUCUGCCUCGGACCUUCCUGGUGUCAGGAAAGCAGCGCUCCCUGGAGCUCCAGGCCAGGACUGAGGAGGAGAAGAAAGACUGGGUCCAGGCCAUCAACUCCACCCUCCUGAAGCAUGAACAGACGCUGGAGACCUUCAAACUAUUGAACUCAACAAACAGGGAAGAUGAAGACACCCCCCCCAACUCUCCAAACGUGGAUCUUGGGAAGCGGGCACCUACACCCAUCCGGGAAAAGGAAGUAACCAUGUGCAUGCGCUGCCAGGAGCCCUUCAAUUCCAUCACCAAACGCAGGCACCACUGCAAGGCCUGCGGGCAUGUGGUUUGUGGGAAGUGCUCUGAGUUCCGGGCCCGCCUCGUCUAUGACAACAACCGCUCCAACCGUGUGUGCACUGACUGCUAUGUGGCCUUGCACGGGGUGCCCGGGAGCAGUCCAGCUUGCAGCCAGCAUACUCCCCAGCGCCGGAGGUCCAUCCUGGAGAAACAGGCCUCAGUGGCUGCGGAGAACAGCGUCAUCUGUAGUUUCCUGCACUACAUGGAGAAGGGUGGGAAAGGAUGGCACAAGGCAUGGUUCGUGGUCCCGGAGAAUGAACCCUUGGUGCUGUACAUCUAUGGAGCCCCUCAGGAUGUGAAAGCCCAGCGCAGCCUGCCCCUCAUUGGCUUUGAGGUGGGGCCUCCUGAGGCAGGGGAGCGGCCUGACAGAAGGCAUGUCUUCAAGAUCACCCAGAGCCACCUCAGCUGGUACUUCAGCCCUGAAACGGAGGAGCUACAGCGACGCUGGAUGGCCGUGCUUGGCCGGGCAGGCCGUGGCGACACAUUCUGCCCAGGGCCCACACUGUCUGAGGACAGGGAGAUGGAAGAGGCACCAGUGGCAGCUUCAGGAGCCACUGCUGAACCCCCCGAAACCCCCCAGACCCGAGACAAGACCUAGAGCAUUUGGGGGGAACCGGGAGCCCCCACCCCACACUCUAGCUGCCCAUGUCCAACUGGGGGCUCCAGCCCUUUCCCUCCCAGCUCAGUCAAUACUUGAACUUCCCACCACGGGCACUUUCAAUCCCGAAUGCUGGGUCUUGGGUUUUUUAAUUCAUCUUUUCACAAAACGUGGGCUUUUAAAGAAAUAUUCCUACAGUGAUAUUAAUUUUUUCUUAAUCCCUAUACCCAGGGAGGGUGGGAGCUGUUGCUAGACCCACCUUAAUUAGGCCAUUCCCCCACCCCCAAUUCCCCAACACCCUACAGAGCCUGCCUCUACCCAAUUCCUUCCAAAGCAUCAGAGGCAGGAAACCUGGAUUCAAGUGCCAGCUCUGCCACUGACCCUGGGGCCCCAACCCACCCCUGCCACCUCAGUCAGUGUCUUCACAUGUACGAUUCCACUUGGGGUGGUGACUAGACCCUUCCUGCCUCUCCCAUGGCUUACGGCUUCUACCCAGCCCCAAGGCUACCCAGUAUUUUAUCGUCCAGACCCAUGGCAGGGCCACUGGGCAGGACAGGGGAAUGGGGGGAGGACAAUGGAUACUUUUUGUUUUGUUUUGUUUUUUUUAAGAAAAAUACAGUUUAUUUCUGGCUUACAGUAA